AUGAAGAGUCUCCGAGAUGAACUUCGUGCACGUGCAGUGCCCUUUUUUGAGGGUGCCAGGAAUCCUUUGCAGACUGCUUCCAGAAAUGCCCCGCAAGCUGUGGCGCAAGGUGCUCCGUACAAGCCGUGCAGUUGGUGCUGGAAGCCUGCCCUUCUGGACGCAGACUGUCCCCAUUGCCCCCAUUGCUGCUGUGACCCCUUCAGUGCUGGUCCAGGAGCGCUGCCACGGGACUAUGGCGUCGAAUGGGAAGAUGCGGAAGUUCCCGGUCACGAGGGCGAGACAGUUGACGAAGCGGUUGAUGCUGGGAUUGAGGCCAGCAUUCGAGAAGCAGAUGCGCAAGCAGCAGCUGCCAACGCACCUUUGAGCGCAGCCAUUUUGGAGAGCCGCUGUUCGCCAACUGUGUAUUUGCUGGAGUUUUCUCGAAGCCCGAGCAGCUUUCUGGAAGCUUUGUUGAACCAUCCGGCCCUUCAGGCUUGCGCUGACGACCUGGCUGCAAUAGUCACUGAUGUUUGGGCAGAAGCUGGGCCUCCCUUACUCAAGUCUGGAGCAGAUCAGAGCGGAGGGGUGGCAGCUGAAGCCACGUCAUGUGAUCGUGAACGACCAGUACAAAGAGGCGGUGGUCGAGGCUGUGUCGGGCAGUUUGGCGUCCGUAUCUCCGGCCAAGCUGGAAGCAGCUCUGAUCCUGGAGAGAAGCCAGACUCAGAGGAGGCCUUGCAGAGCGAGUGGCUGUCAGUGGUGAAGCGUACCUUUAUUCAUCUUCCGAUUCCAAGCUCCAUAUGGUCCGGGCCUUCCAGUGGACAAAAGACAGCCUCCACCUUGCAGGCAGAGGAAGAGGCCAUUGAUGGAUCCCAGCUCCGAUUGCGAGGCGAACGGAUUGGUGUGAGUCGGGCCCGAAUGUGCAUGUCAUUUGUGUCCAAGGAUGUCCAAGGCUUUACGGCAGAAGAUGGCAGAAGUUUCGCCGGCAAUUU